AUGGCGUCCGGCGCUGUUCUGCCGCUGGCUUCUUCUCCCCUUUCAUCCCCGCCCCCUUCGCAAUCUUUGUCGAAGCAAGACCCUGGCGCGGAGCCGAAAGAAUCUUAUCGAGAACCGAUACAACUCCCUUUUGAAUUGGCUCAACAUGUGCGAACUUAUUAUGAGGAAAGUUUGUUUGCACAGGCUUUCAAUUUCCUGCUGUCCAUUACUGGGAAUAGCGCAUCCUCCAUGAACCGCCAGGCGUCGGUUAUGAUCCCCCCAGCUUCACACCUUGCUCUUGCAGCCACGCUCUCAGUCCACCCAGUUUUCACCUCGAGGACCAAUGCACGAGACAAAUGGGAGCAAGCGGCCGCUGCACGCCGGCUGCUUCGCUUGGUCCACACAACCGUCGGUCCGGUCAAUGCCAAUUUCGCGACGGCCUUCAGCUUUCGGAGGUACGAGGUUCGGUCUUCACGGUAUACCGGGACCGACAACGAGUAUGGUGAUGACGGCGGGAGCCCAGGCGAGCACUCCUCGUCCGAGGAUGACCUCAACACCCCAUUUGCCGGACCCCAGGCCCUGUGGCUCCGCGCGGAGGACUUCUGGCAUGUUGUCGGCUGGGCUUUCAAUUGCGCAAGUCUUACCGGCGUACAUACUACACGAUGGGACUAUUACAGCCUUCUCCUGGAAUUUAUGGUGGACGUACUUGAGACCGAUUGGCGUCUUCGCACCAGCGGAUCCGAUCCGUCUCCCGAAGAGAGUCUAAUAUGGCAGUACAUUGAGCUUGCCGCAGGAGGCCAUGCAAGAGCUAGACGGAUUCUACGAGCAAUCUUUGCGGACGGAGGCACACGGUCAACAAGCGAGUUUCGCGCCAUCUUUCCAAACGAGCUUAAGGAGCCCGUGGAGGAGCAAGCCAAGCCUAAGAAGCGAGAGGUCGAUGUCGAUAUUGAACAAGAUAUCUACGGCGAUUACCUCGCUCAGGAUGAAUCGGACUUAUCUGACCCCGAAGAUCUGGCUAGUGCCGGCACGCCGGCCGGAACGGCUGCUAGACUUGUGAGACGGACGACGCGCACACGAAACCGCACGCCAUCAUCGCGGCGACUCACACCCCAGACCAGCACAGGCAGUCUGCGGGAUGACAUAGACAAUAAUGGCGACACCUCGGCAGCACCGUCUACGGCAUACAAGAUGUCAGAUCCUACAUCAUUGGACCUGCGACUCCGGCUGAUGCGUCUUCUGGUCGAAGUGUCCUCACACCCGACGCUGACUUCGACCUCGCCCACGACUUUCCCUGACCUGGAAGAACUGCUGACCCUGUUCGUGGAAUUCACCAAGCCCCUGCCUCUUCCGGUCUUUGCACGAAUCGUCCUUCCUUCGACGGCAUCGACGCCGACACCCGCGAUUCAUCAACAGGCGGACACGGACACCGCAGGCGCGUCGUGGUCGCACAUAUUCCAGCCACAGACAUUGACUUUGUUUUGCGAAUCGCUCUUACAACGUAUCCUCGAAAACUCGUCGCCGUCUAUCCGCUCGCACGUGCUCUUGUCCCAGGACAAACUGGAAAACGAAUACCUACCCUUUGCGGCUGGGAGGAAUAGCAUUGACGCCAACGCUCGCGUCUCCUUGCUGUUGGAAUCCCUGACGCGAUCCCUGGCAUUGUUGGGUGCCUUGGAAAGGACGGAAAAGCUUACCGACGCUGUCAAGAACGGGGUUGAGAGGCGCUUGGGUCGAGUUGUCGACCUAGGCGAAGGGAAAAGGCAAAAGAAGCUUCAGAAGGAAGAGCAGCAGACAGCAUGGACAUGGUUGGCGGAGAGUGGGGAGAGGAUGAUCAAGGUGGUCGAGGGACUAACAUGA